CAAGUUUGAAACAACAGCCUUAGUAUCCAUAUUUAUAGAAGAGAGGUGCAUCAAACCUACAACCUAUUUCCCUUCAUGGCAACGAAAACCAACUACAAAACAAUGGAAGACGAGGCCGAGAUUGCAACGCUGUUUCGCAACAGCUGCUCGAUUGCGACCAACAUGAACACGCAAACAAACGUAACGAACAUUGAAGACCUGAAGAGCACCCUCCGGUCGAGCAUCGCCUCSAAGCGUGGAUCCAUGACCGUGACCGAAAUUCAAUUUGUUCAGAAAAUCAUAGAUUCUGACGAUGUCAACGAAGAUGACUUGACGCAAAUGAACGAAACUCUCAAGUGCAACCAGUUGUUCUUUUCGGCAGACCAGUCGACUUCGRGUCUUCACUCUUCCAUUGGAAGUCUAUUCAGUAGAACCCAAAACAACAAGGAUGAAAAUGAAACAAAAAAGUCCCGAAGCUCAGGCACAAUGACCUCAAAGAAUUGUCCAGAGAAGGGUUCCCAAAAGCGGCAGGAUUAUCUUGAGGCGAAAAAGAAGCAAGCWGCGGAACAAGCCAAGAAACGGGCCUCCCUAUUGUGGAAACAGUCGAUUGCAGCGGUAAAGGCGACAAAUGCCUUUGCUGCAGCAGGCAAAAGCAWAGAUGUACCAACUUCCAUAGCCACAAGGCGAAURUCAUCGUCGAUGUCCUCACGGAGAACGAGUAACAUAUCGCAAUUGACGGUGCCGGAAGGAGAUGAUGAAGACGAUUCCGAYUUCGAAGAAGAAGAAAUUGUUGUUGAUUCAGAMCAGGAUGAUAUGGACGAAGAUCGAGAACCAAAAAUGCUCRAAAAACCAGAAGCUCGCAGAGGCAAACACGUUCUUUGUCGACAAGCAUCGGUCAACGUAUAUGGAGGAGAGGGUUUUGAAAUCUGUGAAGACAUUCUGGAAGAAAAGAAAUCGAAUAGCUAUGACGAAGACUCUGUUGGUGACGACGAGGUGGAGGAGAACAAGGAAUUAGAGGACAAAAYUCAAGUCGAAGAAUCCAAAUCGAUACAAMAGCCGCCAAUGUCCAAACCUCGACCGGGAAUGGGCCUCAGGAGAGCCUCGGUGAACAUUUAUGGUGGAAGCGGUUUCGAGGUCGCAUGCGAGGAUCUAUUCGACGAGAUCUACGAGGAAGACGGAAGUCACAAGACGGAAGAACACUACGACCCUUGGCUCUAUCAGGAAAUUGAUGAAACCGGCUGCAAGCGUACCAACCUGAAAAUCCUGGGAACCAACCACGACGACCACGAUUGUCACCCGCACGUCUUGUCUCCUAUCCAGAUGGAUCGCCUCCAGAGUCAUCUACCCGAGACAAAGCAGGGACAAUCAAUCUGGCUCAAGUAUUCGUUGGUAAGAGACGGGGCCUCUUCCGUUGCCUUUUUAAAGAAGGUCCGUGCGAGCCCCUGUACGCUCCUAGCGAUGGAAACCAUUGACGGCGAGGUCUUUGGAGGAUUUUUUGCUCGGYCCUGGACUAUCCAAUCGGGAUACUUUGGAACCGGAGAAUCUUUCUUGUGGCGCAUGAAAARCCSCCGGGAUCUGUCCAACSARAGCCACAGUACCAACAGCAAACGUUGGGGUAGUUUGAAGGAACAAAUCGACCACGAGGCAGACUUAGAAGUCUUCCGGUCGGAGUUUUACUACGGAAAUAAYUWUUUCCAGUUAUGCAACCAGGGGAAGGUCGCUGCCGGGGGUGGAUCCACAAGCAUCCCGCAGGACUUUGGACCGGAAGCGGGAGGAACUCACACACCCGAUAAAAUCGGUUUUGGACUCAUGCUKGGARCUACCUCCGGUGGAUCAUUGCUUGAGGGUUCCAGCUCGGCCUGCCUGACCUUCAGGAGUCCGCCCCUGUCGAAAAUUCAUUCCGAUGGAUCGACCUUCGAACUGGUCAACCUUGAGGCCUGGGGAUUUACACCCUGUAUCACUGAAGAAGAAGCACGGGUGCUGGAAUACAGGAAUAUGUUCUUUCAGCGGCAUUCGAGUGUAUCUUCCUCCUAAAAGUAGGAUCAACGAACGGCGAAAGCAAAAUCUACAAUAGAGGACAAAUCGAGGU